AUGCCAGACUGGGUGGUAGCAAAGUAUUUUGAUCCUGAGGCAGAAAGGCAUAGGCUAGCAAUUCAUGAUUACCAACAAACUGAAAUCAGACAGAUGCGAUGCAUGGAUAAUACUAAGCUUGUUGACAGUCUGAAACUACCCUUGAAAUCUUACAAUGACCUACUCAUUGCUUUUAGUCACAUGCUAUCUAAUGGCUUGGAAGACUAUCUCACCCACUUUGCAGCUCCCUUUCCUGGGGAUUGGCCCAUGCAGUUUUUCAUGCGACAACUAGUGUACAACACAGCAUCAGUAUCUUUACCCAUGGUCUGCAAGAAUAUUGUUCCAAUGAUUGGUCCUUUGCAUGUAUCAUUAAACUCCAGAGAGUGGGUGUUACUAAAUUUCCACCCAAUUUUUGCAGAUCUAUAUUCCUUCCUCUUUGGAGCAAAGGCAAAGCUAGCAAAGAAACCAAAACCAUGGCGAAUUUCCCUACUUCUUGAAGUAAUCUAUGGAGGUUGGACACUUGUUCGAGAUAGUAUCAUGUCGGUCUUCUCAAAUUGCAAGGAUAUUGAAUUUCUGACAUUAAUCAACCUAAUUGACAAUUAUGUACCACUAGUCCUGAGUAUAUACUCUAUUGUCUUUAAAUGUAGCAACUACGAUCUCUACUGCAAAUCACUUUUUCGCUGCUGGAUAAUGUUGAUGGUAUUUUGUCGCAAGCAUUACGACAAAGCUCUACUGGUAGCUCUUUCCACCCUUAAAUUUUGGGAUGAUAAUACUCACCCCAUGCACCAAAUUGUCCAGCAGUUCCUGGCAGCCUUUGACGAGUACCCUGUGGAAAAUUUCCACUCAGUAGUGCUUCGAGCCAGAACCAAUGAGACAGAUACGGCUGAACAGAUACGUGAGAAGGCCAAAAAGAUUGAUGCCUGCAAGAAAGAACUGCAUGAGUUUCAGUCGUCAUUUGUGCCCCCCCAGGAAAUUCAACUUCA